CCGGAUUAGGGUCUGGCCUUGGCUUCACAUAAGUUGCGUACGAAACGAAUGCGACCAGCUGUUAUCUUUAUUCUAACUCUAACCAACGAAGGUGAAAGAUCUAAUUUAAUCGCAUUUAAGCACUAUCAGAUAGUAAACAUGGAGUUAGAAAAUACGCGGAAAAAGAGCGGGGAAUGUGAUAAUAAUGAGGAUUAUAUUGAGAAAACAAUUGGUGCGUUCGGUCUGUGGCAAGCGAAAGUGUGCAUUCUUGCGUCCUCGACCAGAUUCUUGGCUAUGUGGAACAUGUUAAACAUAAUGUUCCUGACCUACGAUAGCAGCUUUACUUGUGUUAGAUUUAACAGGACUCAACCAGUGAAUGUAACCCCUUCAACGUGCUACGAAAACUGUGUUAAGUACGAGUUUGGGGAAGGCCUGUUUCUCAAAGGUUUUGUGGAAGAGUUCGGACUGAUUUGCGAUAGAGCUUGGAUGGCUAGUUUCGCACAGACCAUACUGAUGUUUGGUUUGCUCUUCGGAGUUUCUUUGUUUGGAUGGAUCUCCGACAGAUUUGGCCGCAGCAAAGCGAUGAUUUAUUCCGCUUUCCUAGUGGUGGUUUUCAUGUUAGGCUCCUGCUUCGCGCCCGACUAUUGGACAUUCUGCGGCCUACGGUUUCUUAUUGGAGUCGCCACUGGCGGGCAGAUGAGCGUAGCUGUUGUCCUCGUACUGGAGGUGGUGGGAUCCCGUCAUCGAGAGAUUACUGGUGCCUGUAUAUCGUUGCCCGAUGGUAUCGCCGAGACAACCUUAGUAGCCUUCGCUCAUUUUGCCCCUACCUGGAGGGCUUACCUGUUGUCAAUGUGCACCGUGUCAGCUUUGUUGAUGGUCCUCCAAAUAUUGCUGCCAGAAUCCCCGCGGUGGUUGAUGUCUAGGGGACAAGAGGAAAAAGCAAGGAAGAUUAUGACAAAGGCUGUAAUUUGUAACAAUUUGAGUACAGCUGCUGUGGAAGAAAAUUUCAAAAGCCCAAUGUCAACAGAAUCCAAGGAGAAAUACAAAGCCACGUAUUUCGAUCUUUUCAAGUCAAGGAAGUUAGCUGUCAGAAGUUUGGCCAGUGUUCCCGUUUGGAUCGUCAACGGAGUCUGCUUCUUUGGCAUCAACCAAUAUUGCACGUUUUUGAACACAAAUGUUUAUCUUUCUGUUGUUGUUAUGGGACUAAUGCAGAUACCAGCUUGCUUCGUUGCAACAUGGCUAAACAAGGUUUUUGGUAGAAAAGCAACUAUGAUAAGCAAUUUCGGCAUUAUUGGCCUGACCAUGUUACUGCUGAUUUUUACUCCAAAAGAUCAUUGGACUGCUUUAACGUUGGGAAUUAUCGGGCUGUGGGCAGUUAAUAUUACUUGCAACGUUCUCUACGUUUGGGUCGCAGAAUUGUUCCCUACUCCAUUAAGAAACAUGGCUUACGGUAUGGGUUCUUCGGGAGCUCAGAUAGGAGCUAUGGUUGCGCCUUUCAUUGCAAAUCUCGGUCCUCAUUGGAUGCCGUCGUUAAUAUUCUCAACAAUAUCAUUCUUAGGUGUAAUCACUUGUUUUAUUUUGCCAGAGACAAAAGGGAAGAAGUUAGAAGACGAUUUAGAUCAUACAAAAUAACGAAAUUA